AUGCGAGAGCGAGGUCUCGUUGGUGGAGCAGUUGUCGCGGCGACGAAGAAGAAGAAGAAGAAAAAGAGACACCUGGAACCGGGUCGGUGCAAACGGAGCCCGUGUUGGCUGUGGACAAGGAGACGAUCGGCCUACAACCAGCUGGACUGGACGGCCUCGCGAGUUUUCGUUGUAAGGCCGGGGGUUGUGAGGGUCACCACGGGGGCGGGGGUGGGUUUGCCCCUGCUUCUUCUGGUCGUCGCUGUUCUUGGCAAUCAAACGUGCACGACGACGGCUGCGCCGGUGGUAUCCGAUCCGCCGCACGUGUCCCUCGACGCUACGCCUCCUCGUCUUCUGCCUCGAUCGACGGACCGUUUGUCGUCGUCGUCGUCGUCGUUGUUGUCGUCGUUGUCGUCGUCGUUGUCGUCACCGUCAUCGUCACCGUCAUCGUCACCGUUCCCGUCCACCUUUCGAAGAGCCAUUUACACGAGGAGUCGAUCUUCCAACGAACGAGAACUGGAUUAUCACGAGGUGUCGUUGCUACCGAGACGAGGUGAACGAGAGGAUCUGAACGACGAUUCAAACGACAGGAGUCGGUUGCUUUCGGCAACCCGGGGACAAACGACAAUCGAUACCAUCGAAGGAAGGAAGGAUCUUUCUUCCCCUGUAGCGACAAGUGGAAGAGGAGGUGAAGAAGGAGGCGGCAGAGGAGGAAGAGGAGGAGGUCUGGCUCACGAGAGGACCAAGUCGAGACGGCGGCAGGUCGCCGCUGCAAGCCUGCUCGAUGAUCGAGGCUCAACCUCUUUAGGCCUCGUCGAACCGUACUGGUUGCAUACGAGAUUCUCUCGUCCCCGUUACACGGAAUCGGACGGUGUCGAACGAGAAGCUCGUCGGGGUGGUAUUGCCGCGUUCACUGCGACCGGAACAACUGGCAGCGACUCGACGUCGUCGUCGUUGGGUCUCGUGGAGGACGUUGUCGGUGAGGAGGCCUUGUCGAACGAGAAUUACUCGCCAACUACGGCAACCACGACGACGAGCACGACGACGACGACGACGACGACGACGACGACGAUAGUAAGAAGAACAACAAAGACGGCGACUACGGUACCUACGGACCUUUGGACACACACACCGUUUCGUUCGGUUCAUCGAACUGUGCCUAGGUUAGCGAACGACGGCAGUGUGAAUUCGGGUAAACUCACCGCUGGUAGACCCAGUAAUAGGAAAGCUAAAGACGAAGAAGAUAGACGGGAGGUGGAUAUUUCAUCUGGCAAAGACGAGAGGGGUAGGUUCACGUUCGCGGGGGACGCGAGUAAUAGUGGUGAGAUCAAAAGUGGUGGUGGUGGUGGUGUCGUCGAGUGGACCACAACAGUCGCCAGGCCGAUGUCAGCGUGGUCGUAUCCGGAUGACGAGGAGCCGGGAGUUGGAAACGUAAGGAAACGCCCGAGCCCGGUGGAGGCGGCGAGGAACGAGGACGAGGAGGCCGCCGACACCGGCGAGGAACAGGUCAAGGUUGCGGUAACGCAGGCCAAAGGUUCAUCAUCUUCGUCGACCACGGCAAGGACCACGAGCACGUUGCCGACGACCACGCAGCUACCACCGCCGAGUCAAGAUACCUCUAUGGAAGCACGUGAGUAUCUACGAAAUCUACUCUUCUUCUUCUUCUUCUUCUUUUUCUUCCCCUCUUUUCUUUGCUCCCCUGCACCAGCGAGUCUCUCUCGUUCCGACCACCAAAGGGAGAGUUCCGACUUGUAG